GAGUACCAGGACCUGGUCCUGCAGGCGUGCGGAGCCUCCUCCCUCCGAGUCGGCGCGAAGAUCCAGACUCUGUGGAGCGGCUACGGGGAGAUAGUUCGGCUGCACCUGGAGGGCUGCGACCGGCCCUCGGUGGUCGUCAAGCACGUCAAGUUUCCGGCGGAGGCCGGGCACCCGGGCGGCUGGAACACGGACCGCUCCCACAGACGGAAGGUGAGAUCCUACCAGGUGGAGACCCACUGGUACCAGAACUAUUCCACCAAUCAGAGCUGCCGCGUGCCGUCCUGCCUGGCUGCCCGUUCCUAUGGCGACGAGAUGCUGAUCGUGCUGGAGGACCUGGAUGUGGCGGGUUAUGAUCAGAGAAGGACCAGCAUAAGAGAKCGAGAGAUAAGGGCUUGCCUGAGCUGGCUUGCCCACUUCCACGCUCUCUUCCUGGGUGUGGAACCAGAAGGCCUGUGGCCUGUUGGCACCUACUGGCACCUGGAGACCCGGCCCGACGAGCUGGAGGCCGUGGACGACGGCGACCUGAAAGCCGCAGCGGCCGACAUCGACGGGAAGUUAAACGAGUGUCGCUUCAAGACCAUCGUUCACGGAGACGCCAAGUUGGCCAAUUUCUGUUUCCCAGCGAGGGGACGCGACGUGGCAGCCGUGGACUUUCAGUAUGUGGGCGGCGGGUGUGGGAUGAAAGAUGUUGUGUAUUUUCUAGGAAGCUGCAUGGACGAGAGGGAGUGUGAGAAAAGGGUGCCGGGUCUGUUGGACCACUAUUUCACAGAGCUGAAGCUGUCUGUGAACAAAGAUGUGGACUCUGAUGCUCUGGAAAAAGAGUGGAGGGAGAUGUUUGCAUUCGCCUGGACAGACUUUCACCGUUUCCUGCUGGGUUGGAUGCCAGGACACUGGAAGAUCAACCGAUACAGUAAACAGCUGACCAAGCAGGUUCUGCACAAACUGAAACAGUAAUAAAGAACAAAGAUCCACUAA